UACCAAUGCUGUUGCAUGGCUUUUCUGUUUGUUAUUACACUGUUAGUUUUUGCUGUUUGUUUAUGAAAUUAGAAUCUGGUUCAUUAGCUCUGGAGUAUACAAACAACGAGAAAGCUGUAGUUCCUGAUUGAUUUGGGUCGGCUAACAUAAAUCAUCAUAAGAAAUCGUUCCGUGACCAAUGAAUAAUAAGAGUGGAGAAGAGGGUGAAGAAAGAGAAAUAAAUAAGUGAAAGUGAGGCAAGUAAGAUGGGAGAAAACUUUGGGGCUUGUGUUUAAGUAGAUAAAUUAUAUCUUAGUGUAUCUCUGUAUAAUAGCUUUGAUCAGGUUAGUUUUUGAUGUCAUAGCUACAUUUAACGUAGUAAGAAAUAAUUAGCUUGUUAGGUCACUGCUUGAUAGUUAAAAACUUGUUAGGUAACCUGUCAUAAAUGGUGGUAAUGAUAAUGCAUUUUAGUGUUAAUUUGUAAGGGAAGUCUUAUGUCAAGAUUCAUGGUUAUGCUACUUCAUCUCUAACAUCUCUUUUCUACUCAAAUUUCAUUACUAUCCAUCACCACUUAGGAAAGUGUAUUGAGUGAGAAUGUAAAUUUGUGAAGAAAAUCACAUGUUUGAGGAUGGGAUCUCAUUACCAUCGUAGUAAGAAGAGGAUUUUCCUUCCAAAUCACAUAUGUUUUCAUUGCCAUUUCAAUCCUAUAAUACCACCUAUUUAAGAGCUGUUAGAUUAUGCUCCAACCCACUAGGCAGAGGUUCUUGGGUUUUGAGUGAGUGGCCAAACUUAAGAUUAUGCAGAAAUAUAGCUAUGAAAGCUGGGGCGCCAAAAAAAAAAAACCUGGGGCGCCAGUAUUCUAACUUGUGACUGUUUAUCGAAGAGAUUUUAAUUUUGAUUCCACACUAUGAGGCUAAAAGCUUUUACAAUCAGGAUAUGAGUUAUGACUUUUAGAGUUAAUGCGUUGGUAUGUUCUAAGAUUGUCAUUUACCAUCUUACUUGCUUCUGUGCUAAAGGCUCACCUCUUUGUCAGAGUGCUUUCUCUUUUAUGAGGUCUUAGUCCCAAACUGAUACAGAGAGCAGGGGUUUUUGAUUCUUGUGUUUUGUCUUUAUUCUUUUUGUGUAUUGUAUCCUUAAAAUAGAAAUGUCAAAGCAUGACCGGAGCAAAUAACCCCUGUGGACUGGAUGAUUGGAUGAAUUACCAACAUAUUGCUCAAUGAUUGAGUGAGUGAUUGUUCCAGAUUGGUUUGCACUUCAUAAGUGUUUGGUGAUGUUGCUGAUGCCAUUUGCACAGGCAGCAAUAUGUUAUGGGAGAUGCCAUUAUUCUAAGUGUGUGCCACAACCGUUUUCCCAUUAAGUAGAUAUUAUUACUUAUAAGACAUUAGGUUACCAAAAUCUACUCCUCCCUCUUCCUUAGUCCUAAAUACGUUGCCAACUAACAAGAUGAUCUAUCUUCACCAACCUCAGACCACAAGAAAUCUGUCAUACGCCUCUCCCACCUCCCAGCUACAUCUGUCAGAAGCUUAUAGAGGAAGCAAAAAUUGAAAGGAAAUUCAAAAUGUCAAGUUUAUAGAGAGUCUGAUUCAAAUAAACCAGUCUUCCAAGGAUUAGCCGCUCAAGGAAGCCCAAGGUAUAUAAAAAGUAAAUCAUGGAUGACACACUCACCAAAGAUGGCAAACCCUUUUCAAAAUGAUAAGUUAGACAUUAGUUUUGGUAACACUAGGACAAUUAUAUCUUAAGACCCAAGAGCAAUUCUAAAACGUCAAGGAGAAUCAAGACUUGUAAAACCUUCCAGAUUGCCCGAUAGCAAGUGAGAAGUAUCAUCCGCCAAUGACACAUCACCACCUCCUGCCUUCCGCCAUGAAAACCUCCGGGAUGCAUCCUGUUGAAUGCAUCAAUUACCAAAGUGAGCGAUAAUAGAGAAAGAGGCUCUCCAUGUUUCAGAUCAUGAGUAGUCGCAAAACAACCUCCUGGUUUGCCCAUCGGAACUAAAAAGCAAGCAUUAUGCCAAGUAUCUUCUCCACCUAGGACCGAAAUGCUUCUUUGUCAUCACCUUUUUGAAGAAUCAUCAAAUCCUAUAAUAAGCUUUCCCAAAUUCGAAUUUGUGAUUUAACAUCCAGAUGCUUACCCCUUCAAGGAUUAUUUACCACCUCAUUAGCUUCUAGAUCAACAUAAUUUCAGUCUGAAAAAGCGCCUAAAACAAUACAAAUCAUCUUUAAACACAUUCCAGAGAACCUCCUCAAAGCCAGUUUGAUUAGGAGACUUAUCAGCCGGCUUAUGAGUCUUACAUGAGGAAGGUAGACCUAAUCCUUAUGCCAAAACUCCUAGAAUAACCUAGCAUGGGAAGCAUCAAAAGACUCAACCUUAGUUCCUUGAAAAUACAGUAAUCUAGGAAAAUCAUGGAGCAUGAUACUCGAUGAAUAAGGAAUAAGCUUCCUUUUAUCUUUAUCCCUACUUCCCCCAAUCUCAUCCCGCCUCCUCCCUGUGUAAGUUGAAGCCCCCUCUCAUUAUAUGGCCUUUAGAUUUCGAUUUUCCCUCUCACCACUUAGAAAAUUAGUCAACUGGUGCUUUCCUACUUCCCCCAAUUCUCUAAGGCACAUAGUAGAAGCCGUUACAAAAACAAAAUUAAUUGGAACUCAUAAGAUGCAGACUAAUAUCCUGUUUACUCACUAGGCCCUACAAGGUUACAGUGUUAAAACUAGUUAGCACUUGGUCACAAGAUACAACAUUGGCGUUAAAAAGAGAGAUAGAAAAAGGCACAAGGCCUGAUCAUAAGCUGAAGAGGCUUAACUUUUUUCAUCAAUCGUCAAACAAUGAGUUUAUAUCUCGAAGUACACGGGUAAGAUAAUUUAAUGCAUAUGUGUGAAGAUUUGUAUUCUAUCAAUAUCCAAUUGAAUGCAACGAGAUUAUGGCUGUCUCCACAGUCCACACAACAACUCUUUAGUUUGUUUCUGCAUCAUUGUAAAUAGUUGAUGCAAGUUUGCUAGCUCUUGUUCAUAAGAAUGUUACUUUGGACCUUGGCUCAUUUGAUUUACAUGGAGGACUCUUCAUGGGGAUUACUACAAAGGUGGUAGCAUGCUUGCUAACCAACCUAGGUGGCGUGUGAAUAGGCGUGUGGAUAAGCAUGCUUAUUGGAGUUCUAGUUCUGUUAGGACUCAACCUAUCUUUAAUUGCUUAUUGUUUUCUAAGUUGAGUUGUAUUAAGAGUCAUGGUUUUGCCUACAUUCUUAAAACGAUGGAUUUUACAUGAUUCAAGUGUGUUAGGAGUCUAGGACUUAGGGACUUGUCCUAAGCCUAUUAGGAGUUGGUUUUUCGUAUAUAAAAAGUUUAGGUUCUACGUUUUAUUCAUUAGAUUGAAGGAAUUAAAGUUUUGUGAGUUUUGUCAAAACUUAAGUGUGCUUACACAAACAACUCUUGAUUGCUGGUGGCUUAGCCUUUACGCAUCAAAAUCCUUAGUUUGUUCCUUGUGGUGGCGUUGCCUUUAUCAUUGAACAUCUAAGAACUAUCCUUGGUUACUUAGUUUGUUCGAACAAUCAUACUCAUUACACGUUUUUCCGCAAACCUUGUUUAAUCUCCAUAGAUUAAAUAUAUCAGCCCCAUUAUUUUAGAUGGGCGUGAUUAUCUAGUUUUGGGUAACGGCUGGAACAACCAGAGAAUGGUUCAUAAUCCAUUCAUUUGAAAUGAUAAUGCAAGUCCUAGUGAAUAAAGGAGUUCUAAUCAAGUUAAGAUUUGAUGGACACAAUUUGCUAAAUUUACUAUUAUCUAAGACUUGAAUUGCAGGGGUGAAAAUGUCAGAUAGACCAAACUCUGUCAGGAUAAAAGGGUUGCAAUCAUUCAUGCAGGGGUUUUUGUCUUUGGUCUCAUCUUCUUAUGUUAGCAGCUGCUUUAGUUAAUUGGAGUUUGAUAUCGCUUGUUGAUCUGGUAGCUUUUCUUGUCAUUCAAUUUAAUUUGCCAAGAAGAGACUUCCGUUAUCGUAGGCUGUUUUCUUUAUUGUGGGGUAUUAGUAUAUAUUCCCUGCUUGUUGCCUUUAUACAAGCAAUUUUCAUAGUUACAUGGGCAGUCAAGGGCGACAAUUGGAGCAUGGCAGAUGCUUCGUGGGUGAAGCUAACCGGGUUCAUGAGAUUCCAGUCCUGGAGAUCCCCGACUGCAGUAUUCUAUGUGGUUUUACAAGUUUUUCUUGGCUUUGUUUGUUUAAUUUGGAUAUAUCAGCAUAAACUCGGUAUAGCUCCAUGGAGAGGUUCAUGCUGGGGGAGCUUCGCAUCCAUAUUGGUGCAGUUAGGUUCCUACUUCAGGGUUGUGUCCUGCUUCCUGUUGCCUGCUAUCCAACUGGUAGUGGGGAUAAGUCAUCCAUCUUGGGUAUCUUUGCCCUUCUUCAUUUGUAGCUGUGUUGGACUAGUGGACUGGUCUUUGACAAGCAACUUUUCAGGCCUUUUUAGGUGGUGGAGGUCUCUUCAACUUUAUGCUGGCUUCAUUAUUCUUUUACUGUAUAUGUAUCAGCUCCCAGUGCUCCUCCCAACACUGCUUCAACAGAUGGCUAACUUUAUUGGUCUUUACAAGAUAUCCACAGAAUCUGGGUGGCUGGAAAUAUGUUCUGGUCUUUCUCUCAUUUGUUUCUACGCAAUGCUGUCGUUUAUCAAAAACGACUUGGAGGAAAUGGAAUUUAUGAUGUCCACUACAGAAAGUGAUUUGACUGAGCAACUUCUUCCUGCAAGGCAUUCUUUUUUUAUUCGUCAGUCAAGGUCGGGAGAGAGACAUACCAAUGUUUUGGUGAAAGGCGCAGUUUUUCGGACAUUUACCAUCAAUUUUUUCACUUAUGGUUUCCCGUUGUCUUUGGUUGCACUUUCCUUUUGGAGUUUCCAUUUUGCAAGUAUAUGCGCAUUUGGAUUGCUGGCAUAUGUUGGCUAUAUCGUCUAUGCUUUCCCGUCAUUGUUUCGUUUGCACCGGUUGAAUAGUCUGCUGCUUGUGUUCAUACUCUUGUGGGCCAUCAGUACAUAUGUAUUCAAUGUGGCAUUUUCAAUUGUAAACUGGAAACUUGGAAAGGAUAUGGAGAUCUGGGAGCUUGUUGGCUUGUGGCGUUACUCAAUUCCUGGAUAUUUCCUGCUUGCUCAAUUUGGCCUUGGAGUCCUGGUUGCAGUUGGUAAUCUUGUGAACAAUUCUGUGUUUACAUACCUCUCAAAUGAGAAUGAUCAUAUUCCGAAUGGCGAACAUACAAUAGAAGUGAAGGAGGAGACCAAGGUGCUUAUUGUUGCCACAAUUGCUUGGGGAUUACGAAAAUGCUCUCGUGCCAUAAUGUUAGCUUUGAUAUUUCUCAUAGCGAUGAAGCCUGGAUUUACUCAUGCUAUAUACAUGAUAUUCUUUUUGAUAUAUCUUUUGGGACACAACAUCAGCAAGAAGAUCAGGCAGGCAUUAAUAUUACUAUGUGAAGCUCAUUUUGCAUUGUUGUACAUUCUCCAAAUAAAUCUGAUCUCAAAUAGUAUGGAGUGUGAAGGCUCAUUAAGUAGGGAAAUUUUGUCGCAACUAGGUCUCCUUGAUCGUGAUAGUUCUUGGGAUCUCCUUGAAACAGCUCUUCUUGCGUGUUUUUGUGCCAUACAUAAUCAUGGAUUUGACAUGCUAUUUUCAUUCUCAGCAUUCGUACAACAUACACCUUACCCUCCAGUUGGAUUUAGUGUGCUUAAAGCUGGUUUGAACAAGUCAGUUUUAUUGUCAGUUUAUUGCUCUUCAGCUAAUGGAGGUAGCAGCAAUGGAAAUUCUCAUGAGAGAAGAAUAGCAUCAUACCUGAGUGCAGUAGGGCAGAAAUUUCUUGCAGUAUAUCGAUCAUGGGGGACCUAUAUUGCUUUUCUGACGAUACUUGUUGCAGUUUAUCUGGUCAGACCCAAUUACAUAUCGUUUGGGUAUGUUUUCCUUUUACUUUUCUGGAUCAUUGGAAGACAACUUGUUGAGCAGACAAAAAGACGCCUAUGGUUUCCCUUGAAGGCAUAUGCAAUUCUGGUAUUUAUCUUCAUGUAUAGCCUCGGCAUUUUUCCUAGCUUUCAAAUAUGGUUGUCUGAUAUUAUUGAUCUCUAUCCAAACUUGGGUUAUAAACCUGAAGCUUCUAUGUUGGAUAACAUCUGGGAAUCUCUGGCAAUUUUGAUUGUUAUGCAACUUUAUAGCUAUGAAAGGAGACAGAGCAAGUAUAAUGAACCCUGUGAUGCUAAUGUGCUGGAUUCAGGGAUCCUUGGCUUUGUGAGAAGGUUUCUGAUAUGGCACAGCAAUAAGCUUCUGUUUGCUGCUUUAUUUUAUGCAUCUAUAUCUCCAAUAAGUGCAUUUGGUUUCCUGUACCUUCUUGGCCUGAUCAUUUGCUCAACUUUCCCCAAAAUUUCAAGGGUCCCUUCAAAGUCAUUUUUAGUUUAUACAGGAUUUGUGGUGAUGGUGGAAUAUCUUUUCCAGAUGUGGGGUCAGCAGGCCAAGAUGUUUCCAGGCCAAAAGCAUUCUUCUUUGUCUCAUCUCUUGGGUCUCCAAGUAUUUGAACCUGGGUUUUGGGGAAUAGAAUCAAGCUUGAGGGGAAAUGUUCUAGUGAUUGCUGCAUGUACUCUCCAAUACAAUGUCUUCCGUUGGCUGGAUAGGAUGCCAAACACUAAUGUAUUGAUAGGUGAAUGGGAGGAGCCGUGUCCACUGUUUGUCACAGCUGAAGAUGACACAGUUUCUAUGUCCAGUUAUGAUGAAGAGAACAGAGUAGUGUCACAUUCCACGCUUUCUGAUAAGCUAAAGACCAUAGCAAGCUAUACUUGGCAAUCAUUGACCACUGGCCACUCUCAGCAAUCGUCUUUGGAAAGAGAAUCCGAGAAUUCGAGGUACAAAAGAUAUUCAUCUGGGUACUUCUGGGAAAGUAUCAAGGAGAGUCAAAAGUGGAACAAGAGGAGGAUUCUCGCCUUAAGAAAUGAGAGAUUUGACAUGCAAAUAACAACCUUGAAAGUUUACUUGAUGUUCUGGAUUGAAAAUAUGUUCAAUCUCUUUGGUCUAGAAAUUAACAUGAUUGUCUUGCUUCUUGCUAGUUUUGCCCUCUUGAAUGUCAUUUCACUGCUCUAUAUUGGUCUGCUUGCUGCUUUUGUUCUUUUAGAUCGGCGUAUUAUUCGUAGGCUAUGGUCCAUUUUGGUUUUCCUGUUCGCUUGUGUCCUGAGUCUUGAAUACUUUUCCAUCUGGAAGAAUCAGUUCUCUUUGAACCAGCAAUCCCCACAAGAGACUACUGUUAAUUGCCAUGACUGCUGGAAAACCUCAAAGCUACACUUUCAGUAUUGUCAAAGCUGUUGGUUGGGACUUACUGUGGAUGAUCCUCGUAUGCUUAUGAGCUACUUUAUAGUCUUCAUGGUUGCUUGUUUCAAGUUGCGUGCUGACAGAUCACCCAAUUUAUCCGGGUCCUUUACUUAUCAUCAGAUGAUGUCUCAACGUAAGAACAUAUUUGUUUGGAAAGACCUCUCAUUUGAAACGAAAAGUAUGUGGACUAUAUUUGACUAUCUAAGACUUUACUGUUAUUGUCACCUCCUGGAUCUUGUGCUCACUUUGGUUUUAAUGACUGGAACUUUGGAGUAUGACAUUCUGCACCUCGGAUAUCUUGGUUUUGCUUUGGUUUUCUUCCGGAUGAGAUUGGAAAUUCUACGGAAAAGGAACAAGAUCUUCAAGUUCCUGCGGAUAUACAAUUUUGUCCUCAUUGUUCUGUCUCUUGCUUAUCAGUCUCCUUUUAUCGGUGUCUUCAAUGAAGGAAAGUGUGGAACUGUAGGUUACAUAUAUGAGGUCAUAGGAUUUUAUAAAUAUGAUUAUGGGUUUCGUAUUACUUCAAGAUCUGCGUUGGUUGAGAUCAUCAUCUUCAUGCUAGUCUCACUGCAGUCAUAUAUGUUCUCAUCUCCCGAAUUUGAGCAUGUAUCGCGAUACCUUGAGGCAGAGCAAAUUGGGGCAAUUGUACGCGAGCAAGAGAAAAAGGCUGCAUGGAAGACUGCACAACUACAGCAUAUCCGCGAGACUGAGGAGAAGAAAAGACAACGUAAUAUGCAAGUGGAGAAAAUGAAGUCAGAGAUGCUUGAUCUUCAAGUCCAGCUUCACAGUCUGAACUCUCCGGGCAAUCGUGGUCAAGUUACUCCGGGAAGUGGAGGUUUAAGGAGGAGAAGAAGUGCCUCUAUAAUUGUAGAUAAAGAUGUUACUGCUGCUGAUAAGGAGGAGCUUCUGUUUCCCUCUUUUAAUUUGGAUAGAGAUUUUAGGGCUGCUCAUAAGGAAGAGGUAUCAUUGAGAGAAGGGCAGAGAACAUCUAGUGACUUCAUACUGCCUUCAGAAUCGUUUGGGUCCCCAGUUAGCAAAAAAUCUGAAAGUCCAACUGCAGAACAAUCAACAAGACAAGAUUCAAAAGAAUUUACUUUUGGUGAAAUUACUGAAAUCGAAGAUACUGCUUACAAUUCAGUAGUUGAAGGUAAAAAGGAAAGUGCUAAAGGCCAAUCAAAGGAUCACCCACUAAAAUCUGCAGUGCAGCUGAUAGGUGAUGGUGUUUCUCAAGUACAAUCUCUUGGAAAUCAAGCCGUUACCAAUCUUGCUAGUCUCUUGAAUGUGGCCCAGGAGGAUGGAGAUUCAAAUAGCCAUUCUUCUGAAGAAGAUGGAGUAUGUGGAGCGAUAGAGAGCCAAAAUGCAGACAAUAUUCAUAUAGCCCGUACAUCUUCUCUGCUGUCUGAUAAGAGUAGAACUAUCUCAGAGUCUGUAAGGCUGCAACUUCUUAGGAUCUUCCGUCACAUAUGGUCGAAGAUGCGAUCCAACAAUGAUAUUGUUUGUUAUUGCUGCUUUAUUCUUGUUUUUCUUUGGAACUUCAGUCUGUUAUCUAUGGUAUACCUUGCAGCUCUGUUUUUGUAUGCUCUGUGUGUUAAUGCUGGCCCAAGCUAUACCUUCUGGGUUGUCAUGCUAAUCUAUACAGAGUUUUACAUCUUAAUCGAAUACUUGUACCAAAUCAUCAUUCAGCACUGUGGGUUGAUCAACUUGACAUUGCUUCAAGAGUUGGGUUUUCCUUAUCAUAAAAUUAAUUCAUCAUUUGUGAUAAGCUCAUUGCCUGUCUUUUUGGUCUACCUAUUUACUCUCUUACAAAGCUCCAUAACUGCACAAGAUGGUGAUUGGUCUGCAUUAUCGGAAUUUGAUGAUUUUAAGAGAAAAUUGCAAGACAAGAAACAUAUAAGCCCAUGUUUUAGCUGGAGUGAGAAGCUAAUGAAACUUCUCCAACCAGUGAAAGAUUUAGUGGAGAUGAUAGCUAGAAGCUGCUUGAAAUACUGGAAAUCUCUAACCCAUGGAGCAGAAUCUCCUCCAUAUUUUGUUCAGCUGUCCAUGGAUGUUGGAGCGUGGCCAGAAGAUGGUAUUCAACCUGAGAAGAUUGAAUCAGGAAUGAAUCAAUUGCUUAAGAUAGUCCAUAGUGAACGUUGCAAAGAGGAAAACCCUAAUGUUUGCCCCUCAGCUAGCAGUGUUAACAUUCAGAGCAUUGAGAGAAGUCAAGAAGACCCCAAUUUGGCUUUGGCUGUGUUUGAAGUUGUACAUGCCUCUCCAUUGUCGGAAUGCGUGCCAAUGAUUUGGUCAAAGUCACUUACACCAGCUGCCGAUGUUGCAAAGGAGAUUCUUAUUGCAAAACGUUCUGGAUUUAUUGAAGAGGUCGGAUUUCCGUACCCUGUACUUUCAGUUAUUGGUGGUGGAAAAAGAGAAGUUGAUCUAUAUGCUUAUGUAUUUGGAGCUGAUCUAGCAGUUUUCUUUUUGGUGGCUAUUUUUUACCAAUCGGUCAUUAAGAACAAAAGUGAAUUUCUCGGCGUUUAUCAACUUGAAGAUCAGUUCCCUAAGGAAUUUGUGUUCAUUUUAAUGAUUAUCUUUUUCUUGAUAGUGGUUGAUCGAAUUAUCUACCUAUGUUCGUUUGCAACGGGAAAAGUUCUAUUCUACCUUUUCAACCUUGUACUCUUUACAUAUUCAGUUACAGAGUAUGCUUGGAACAUGCAACCAUCCCAACAGUAUGCUGGAAUAUUAGCACUACGUGCUAUCUUUCUGACAAAAGCAGUGUCCCUAGCACUUCAGGCUAUACAGAUCCGCUAUGGAAUGCCACAUAAAAGUACCCUGUAUCGUCAAUUUUUGACCAGCAAGGUUUCAAGGGUUAAUUACCUUGGUUAUCGACUCUAUCGUGCCCUUCCUUUCCUUUACGAAUUACGCUGUGUACUUGACUGGUCGUGUACAACAACAUCAUUGACGAUGUAUGACUGGCUGAAGUUGGAGGACAUAAAUGCAAGCUUGUAUCUUGUCAAGUGUGAUGCCAUUUUGAAUAGAGCAAAUCAUAAACAAGGAGAGAAACAGUCAAAAAUGACCAAGUUCUGCAGUGGCAUCUGUCUGUUCUUCAUUUUGAUGUGUGUUAUUUGGGCUCCUAUGCUGAUGUACAGCAGUGGCAAUCCUACGAACAUCGCAAAUCCCAUCAAAGAUGUCAGUGUUCAGGUUGAUAUUAAGUCAAAUGGUGGUCGGCUAACCCUGUAUCAAACAACCCUCUGUGAAAGGCUAAACUGGGAAAAUGUUAAGGAGAAAGUUGACCUUGACCCUCAAGGUUUCUUGACUACAUAUGAUAAGAGUGACAUUCAAAUAAUAUGUUGCCAAGCUGACGCUAGUACCCUUUGGCUUGUCCCAGAACUAGUUCAAACGAGAUUCACUAAGUCGCUUGAUGUAGGCAUGAAUAUGAGUAUAAUUUUUUCUUGGGUAUUUACCAGAGACAGACCUAAAGGGAAAGAGGUUGUGAAAUAUGACAGAAAUAUUGAAGAUGAAUCCGAUCUCCCAAAAAAAUCAGAGGUACAAGCUGUUUUCAAUGGUUCUAUGGAUAGUUUCCGUGUGUAUAAUAUCUUUCCAAGAUACUUCCGGGUUACAGGUUCUGGUGAUGUAAGGCCCUUUGAACCAGAGGUAAAUGCAGUCAGUGCGGAUCUUGUCAUUAAUCAUCAAAAUCCUGAUUGGUGGUCAUUCUAUGAUGUCAAUCCACUAAAUGUUACUGCUUGUAAAGGUUUUACUGGACCAACAACAAUCGUGGUGUCAGAAGAAACGCCACAGGGCCUUCUUGGAGAUACUUUGAGCAAGUUCAGCAUUUGGGGUCUCUACAUUACAUUUGUGCUUGCUGUUGGUCGGUUUAUCAGGCUACAGUGCUCUGACCUGAGAAUGAGAAUUCCAUAUGAGAAUCUUCCUUCCUGUGAUAGGCUGAUAGCUAUCUGUGAGGACCUAUAUGCUGCAAGAGCAGAAGGUGAACUAGGAGUGGAGGAAGUUCUUUACUGGACAAUAGUAAAGAUUUAUAGGUCGCCUCACAUGCUGCUUGAGUACACCAAACCUGAUUAGACGCAAGAAGGGAAAAUUUGAAGAAUAUUUGUUGAUAUGCUCUUCUUGGACAAAGAAAUCAAAUCUCUACGACGAGUGACUGUUCUCAGCAGGACGUUCUCCUAGUUGUAGAGCUGCUCUUGAAGACCAGUAUUCUGUGUCGGUGAUAUUUAUACUGGUCUACUUCCUGAAGAAAUUCUCAUAGGGAUACUAGACGUGUGCAAUAUUUUACUCAGAAAUGGGGCUAGUCCGCCUGUUCGUGUCGCGCCUGUUCCUGCCAACGAAGUCUGUUCUUGAAUACUUGCUCUGAUUAUUUGGUGGGAAAUCAACGUAGACACAAGCUGUAUACGUAUCCUUAAUAGAUGUUCUGUAAAUACUUGUUCCUAUUGUUUGUAGAAUCAUUCAAAGCAUAACUGUAUAUAUAAAGGUAUCAGAAUUAUGAACUUUUGAAUGUUAUUUAGAUUGAGAAUCCAACUUCUCAUUUGUUCCAUUUAAAAUAAGUAUGCUAUUA